AUGGUUCUGACAUUCCAUUCCAGCUGUUUCAGCAUCCAGGUAUGGGCUGGCAUUGCAUACAACCUUAAAACACUGUUGGUUGUGCUCCCAUUGGCUCCAAGAAAGAAGUGGCCAGGGUUGGCUAAUCAAUGGGAUCCCACAGAGAACCUCACAGCUGUCAGGUAUCAUGAUUGGAUCAUCAACAGCCUGCUCUGGGAUGCUGUAACUGCUGUUAGUGCAUACCCUGAUGGCCUGUUGGUUGUCAAAGAUGGCAGCAGCUGUCAUCAGGCUGCUAUCUGCAAGCAACAGUGGGCCAAAUACCACAUUAAGAUGCAGGAACACCUGCCAGCUUUGCCAGACCUUAACCCUAUUGAGAACAUAUGGUAUGUAUUCAAAAACUUGCUUGGUAAGCACUUGCCAGUACCAAAAACCCAGGAUGAACUUGCCAGAGCUGCAGAGGAGGUGUGGAACACCCAGAUCAUGCUCAAACAUAUCAAUCCUGUGAUCGAGUUGAUGGAGCAUUGCAUGGAGCAAGUGCUUACUAAGCAUGGAGGUCUGCUCAAGUAUUAG